ACUUUUUCUUAUAACUCAAAUGAUCAUUCAUUAAAAACAUCCUACUUCAGUUAUUCAAACUCCCACUUUUUAGUUGUCCCUCUUCUUCUCUUUAUUUACCCUACCUUUUAUUUUCUCUUUUCUAACAUCAAGUACUAUACACUCAACAUGUUCUUAUCCCGUACAACUACUACUGCUUUAAAAGCCAGUGCAUUGGCUUCUGCUAAAUGGAAUUCAGCUCGUGCUAUCACCACUGCUACUCCCAGCAUUACACAAGCUUUCAAUGCUCAAAAGAAUGAAAACGGUAACUACAUGGUCACCUUGAUCCCUGGUGAUGGCAUUGGUCCCGAGAUUUCACGUUCUGUCAAAGAAAUCUUUGCUGCUGCAAAGACGCCUAUUGAAUGGGAAGAAGUUGAUGUCACACCUGUACUUAGAGAAGGCAAAACUGUCAUUCCUGACGAAGCCCUCCACAGUGUGCGUAAAAAUACAGUUGCCUUGAAGGGUCCUUUGGCCACCCCCAUUGGUAAAGGUCACGUCUCUCUCAACUUGACUCUCCGUCGUACUUUCAACCUUUAUGCCAAUGUUCGUCCUUGUCGUUCCGUUGCUGGCUAUAAAACUCCUUAUGAAAAUGUCGAUACUGUGCUUAUUCGUGAAAAUACUGAAGGUGAAUACUCUGGUAUUGAGCAUGAGGUAGUUGAUGGCGUCGUACAAUCUAUCAAAUUAAUUACAAGAGAGGCUUCUGAGCGAGUUGCUCGUUAUGCUUUCACUUACGCCGAAAGUGUUGGCCGUGACCGUGUCACUGCUGUUCAUAAAGCCAACAUCAUGAAAUUGGCUGAUGGUCUUUUCUUGGAUGUCUGUAAACAAGUAUCGAAAGAUUUCCCUAAUAUUAAGUUCGAUGAUGUUCUUUUAGAUCGUGCUUGUCUGCAUAUCACCUCUGAUCCUUCUAUUUAUGCUGAUACUGUCAUGGUCAUGCCUAACUUAUAUGGUGAUAUCUUAUCUGAUAUGAGUGCAGGUUUGAUUGGUGGUCUCGGUUUGACACCUUCUGGUAAUAUCGGCCGUGAUGCCUCCAUCUUUGAAGCCGUUCACGGUACUGCUCCUGAUAUUGCUGGUCAAGACAAGGCUAAUCCUACUGCUUUACUUUUAUCUGGUAUCAUGAUGUUGAAGCAUAUGCGUUUAACAAACCAAGCCGCUAAUAUCGAACAAGCCGUCUUCAAGACCAUCGCAGAAGGCAAGCAUUUGACAGCUGAUUUGGGUGGUAAAUCCAGCAACUCUGAUUAUACUCGCGCCAUCAUUGAUAAUUUGCAAUAAACUUGCUGACUUGGUAAAAUGUUAGAGAAGGGUACUAUAUAUCUAAUACUCCCAAAAAUAUUACCAUGAAGGAUAGGAAAGGAAAUACUUAGACAAUUUUUCUAACUCCCAAUACUUCUGUACUAAAUCCUUAUAUAAAAUAAACAUGUUCAUUCCUUGUAUUGUAUAUUUUAGACACAUUUGGAGAAAAGCAGAGACUUUGAAUUAGUGAUCCUAAAAUGGUAUCGAUUUUGAUCACGUCAUUCAGGCGUUCCUAGG